AUGCUGAUUGACCUCCGAGAAAAAGCUGCUGGGCAAUCUUUCAACGACGCGCUAGCGCUCAGUCCAGAUGCGAGCCGCGUGGCCGUCGCCCAAUCAGACAACAUGGUUGUCGUUUACCAUCUGGGACUGGCGAAGACAGACAAAAAGGUGGUUUACCGGAAGUUCCCAACUACUGCUCCCGUCGCCAGCGUCUUGUGGCCUUCCGACGUCGCCGACACGUUCUUCUACGGUCAAAUCGACGGACGAGUUCGCGUGGCGCACGUCGAUCUAAACAAAGCAGGCACUCUCUUUGACAGAAAAAGUCCACUAAUCUGCUUCGACUGCGAGAGGUCGGGGACGCUCCUCGCUACGGGGCAUGCAGACGGAUCGAUUCAACUAUGUUCUAUGAACGCCUCUACAAGUCGCGCUACAACGAGGGAAGUAUACAGAUUCCCCGUUUCUGUCACAGCAAUCAGCUGUACGGCUGCCUGCGUUGCAGCAGCUGCUCAAACAACCGAAAUUGCGCUGAUCAACCGCGAAGGAAAUCUUAUGCAGCUCAUUGACUUUCGUUCGAUGUCACCAUUCUCCAAAGAAAUUUCGUCUCUCGCUUUCCACCCGAGUGGCAGCUGCCUGGCUGUCGCUGCACGAGAGCACGUCCGAGCCGAUCGACUGUCGGAUGGAAAAUCAAUCACGCUCGAAGCUGCGAACGAGAAUGGAGAUGCACUCAAAAUCACUGAGUUUGUCGUCUACGAGAAUCGCUUUCUUGUCGCCUACACAACAGACAAGCAGUUGAUUUUGGCGGAUGUUGAACAACAGAAAGUAUCAACGAUCACGCCCACAUGGGCAGGUUCCACAAGGUUUGUCUUUGAUUCUCAAGGUGUCUGCCUCGCCCACCACAAAGAAGACACUGUUGCCGUGGUGGUCUUGGGAGAUUCAGAGAUCGCAGGGAACAUGUUUUUCUGGUGGAUAGUCUCACAAAGAUUCAGUCUGGGGGAGAGAAACUUGCGUGGAGAGACUCAUCACGAAAUCUCCAACUGUGGGACGUUGCAACCAGGACAGCUACUCUCUUGCUUCAUGACUGUACAGCUGCCGAGUUUCUGCCAGGAACAGAUGCUCUUCUCGGGCAACAGAACUUUUCUUCUCUCCAUUUGUGGUCGAGUGUACACCAACACUCUCAAGCAACACCUCUGCAAGCAGAUGGCGGUUCAAAUCCUGACAGACGUCGACGGGGCUUGGACUCAAGAGCUGAAGAACCACUGUCGCUCUGUCGCAGAGCACGCGCUCGCUGAUGGCUUUCUGGACGUUGCGCAGUUUUGCUACGCCAUUUUGGGAGAUCUCGCUCGAUCUCGGUUUCUGAGAAACGCCUCAAGGCCUGCAAAACACCCAGAGAAACGAGAGGAAUCUCACGAAGAAGACCCAUCUCAGGGACCUGGAGACACUCAGCGAGAAGCAGGGAAACCGUACCUGUUAAAAGCGAGGCUCGCAGUCUUCAACAAACAAUUCAGUGUGGCAGAAGCCAUCCUUUCAGAGAACCACGACGUGGACGAAGCCAUAGAAAUGUAUCGAAACUUGCACAUGUUCGACGCGAGUAUCCGCCUCGCUGUGCGGGAGAAUCGAGACGUGACGCAAAUGAAAGUUCAGUUCCAUCGAUGGCUGAUGGAGUCCGGGCAGGAAGAGAAGGCGGGAGAAGCAGCUUUGCGAAAUGGCAAAGACCCCGAACUGGCUGUAAAAUGUUUCAUGGACGGCGGCUUGCCGUUCAAGGCUGCGGGGGCAAUCGCAUCGAACGAGCAAGUUUCUUUUUCUCCAACUCUCCUCGCGAGCGUCGCUGCAGCUCUAAGUGCAUGCAAACUGCACGAAAGAGCGGGGGACAUCUUCCGGAGACUCGGCGACACAGAAAAAGCUGUUGCGGCCUAUCGCAAAGGAGCUUCCUUCAAGAAGGCGGUGGAGCUCUCGCGAGAAUUCCGGCCUGCUGCUGUCGCGGAAAUUGAGGAAGAGUGGGGAGAUUGGCUGCUAGAGAGACACGAGCCAGAGGCUGCGACACUCCACUUUGUCGAGGCUGGAUGUACAAGGAAAGCUGUGCAAGCGUGUUUGAGAGCAAAGCAGUGGAAAAAAGCUUUCCACUUUCUUCAAGAACUGAGAACGAGAGAGGGUGAGGAAGCGGCGAGACCGUAUCUCCUUGACUUGGCCGAAACGUUCACCGCAAUUGGAAAUCUAUCGGAAGCCCAAUGCUGCUUCGUCCAGGCUGGCAGCUGCGGAAAGGCAGUCCGCGUCUAUGUGGACGCUGGGCUCACAGAUCGAGGCUUGCAGCUAGCAGCCGAAUAUCUGUCGGAGGCAGAGCGCAAGACAGUCGUCGAGGAGAUUGCACAAUCACUUGAAGAAAAAGGAAAGCUGGUGGAAGCAGAACAAGCGUACGCCUCCAUUCACGAGUUUGACAAAAUCAUAGCCUUGCUCCGUCGACACGGACAUAUCGACGAAAUGCUCCAACGCGUUUCUCUAUAUCGACCAGAGCUGGUAGAAGAGACUCACAGAGAACUUGGGGAGGAGAUGGAGGCGUCAGGGAACCUCGAGGCGGCCGAACAGCUUUACACUCGUGGCGGCCUGUGGAGGCUUGCCGUGGAGAUGUACAGACAGCUGUGGAAGUGGAGCGACGCCGUACGAGUUGCCAGAGCAGAAGGCAAGGAAGCGUACAAGGAAGUAGUGAAACAUCUUGCCCGACAGCUAGUCGCUGAAAAGGGGACUGCGGCGGCUUGUCAGAACGACCUUGCAGAGGAUGCAGUCGAGCUGGCUCUGGACGCUGGGGACUUUUCUUUGUCCCUCAAAAUCGCCGAAGAAUCUGCAAAGCACAUGCUGGAAACGGUGAACCUCAGACAAGCAGCCGAGAGCGAAGAAAAAGGAGAUUUUUCUUCGGCAGAGCGACACUUUGUGCUGGCCGGCAAAGCGUCGGAGGCCAUUGAGAUGUACAGACACCUGAAAGACUGGAAAUCAGCCAUUCGCGUUGCUUCUGCCCACGCGCCUGACGCCGUUCCCGACAUUCUCGUCUCCCAAGCAAGAGCUCUAGCAAACGAAGGCGGCAUGAAAGAAGCAGAGGCGCUGUAUGUCGAAGCUGGAAGAGCUGACUUGGCGGUGGCCAUGUAUCUAUCGCAUGGAAUGAAGGUGGAAGCCGUCGCUGCCAGCAGAGAGCACUGCCCUCAGCUUCUGCCCGAACUCGUGAAGAAAACCUCCUGCGGAGGAGAGCCCAGAAAUGCGGCAGAACUCAUUGAACUCGCAAAUGCGUACGAAGCAGCAGGAGAAGUGGAUGCUGCUAUCGAUAUCUGCUGUCGAGCAAAGUCCUCGGUGGUGCCUGACAGUUUCCUCUUGAAGAAAAUCUGGUUCACAGCUGUGAAGUUGGCCGAAGCUAAAGCAGCGCAUCGUGUGAAAGAAGUCUCUGGCGAAGUAGCGAGGAAGACGUUGGACUUCUCCGGUCCUUCGCUCGAAGUCGCGAGGCUCUUCCACGCAGGCGGCUCCCCUUCUGAAGCCGUGAAAUGCCUGGUGGCAUGCGAAGAGUGGGCGAAGGCUCGGGAAGUCGCCGCAGGAGUUCCGGACCUUGUUUCGUUCGUGGAAGAAGCUCACAGGCAAAAGUUGAUUUCUUCGAGAGACCUUGAGGCCCUCCUUGCUCUGGGAGAUACUUCAUCAGUCACAGAAAUCGCUGCUUCAGAGGGAGCUUGGAAAAACGUCCUGCUUGUGGCGCAGAAAAACGCACCUCAAACAGUACCCGAAAUCCUCAACGCCUACUGCACGACGCUGCUUGGAGAAGGUCGAGAAGAAGAGGCGGCAGAUGUCUUUCUCCAGUUCACAAACUCUCUCGACAGAGAGGAAAGCCUUGCGCUUUGCGGAGAGAUUGCCCGAUCCCUUUUCGCCGUGCAAGCAAAGGCGGAAGACAGAAGAAGGCACCUUCUCUCGGUGAAACGCCUGCUGCGGAUGCGAGUCUCAGCAGAACGUGGAGACAACAAACCUCCAGAGCUCUGCAUCGGAGCUGUGGCGAACGCGGCAGAACCAAUUGAGGAAAUCGAGAAACAAAUGAGAAAAUGCCUCCUCGUCUCUCACUAUUUACUUGUGCUAGAUACUGUAGAAAACCACAGUCAAGAAGGUCUGUCACAAACCGCUGCAAGAACUGCUGUUGCCCUUUUGAGAUACGCAAAGGAAAUCCGAUCUGACGAAGCAUUCUACCGUGCUGGGCAACUCUGCAAGAAAGCGGGGUGGACGGGCAUGGCGUUCUUCUUCUGGAACCGUUUUCUCGACAUUGCGGACGCGAUCGACGAUGGCAGCAAGUCACUUCCCUCCGCCGACUUUGAGAUUUCCGACAUCCCCUCUCCAGAGGACCUUUGUGUGCCGGGCUCUCAUUGCAUGCCUAGCGCAGAAGUCGAGGAAACUCGAGAAUGCGUCCUGGCGUGGAGCGUUGACAGAUCUGUCUCUCCAGCUCUCAACAAAAGAUCCUGUCGAGCAUGCGGCUUUUCGCGGUACGAGGCAACUCUGUCUUGCCCGAAGUGCCUUGAGACCGAUGAGCAGUGCGUCGUUACAGGAUAUCCAGUAGAAAGAGACUCUGCUGUAAAAUGCUCUUCGUGUCACAGUGCUGCAAAUCGCACAGACUGGCAUGCGUUUAUCCGCCUCACGAAAAAAUGUCCUUGGUGUGAAAGCCCCCAAGAAGUCAGGUGA